AGGACUGUUUCACAGACCGCAAUAUGGCGAGGAUGGACGGCGGCGGAACCGAGGCGCAGGAGGAGCAUCGGGGUCCGGAGGGGGGUGGGGGCCCGGGGGAGGUGGAGAGGGUCCAGAGCUCCGGGGAUGAGGAGGACUCUGAAUCGGAAGCGGAGGAUUGGUUGUGGGAGUCCGGACCGACAGUUCUGGACUCCGGCGGCUCCGCGCAACGACCACGCGCGGUCGUUAUGCGGAGUGCGAAGCCAGGACCCGCAGAGGGGGAGGCAGAGCCCCCCUGCACAGCACCCCCCGGCGAGGAUGACGAGCUCCGCCGCAGCAGGCUGAGCGAAAACACGCGGCUUGCCACUCGGUACGCGGUCCGGAUCUUCAGGGAGUUCCUGCGCGACACCGCGCAAAGUCCGGACUUUGAAACUCUGGAUAAACACGCGCUGUGCGCGCGGCUGCGCUCCUUCUACGCGGAGGCGCGCUCCAAGAGUGGACAGGUGUACAGCAGGUCUUCCCUGAUCAGCAUCAGAAGCUCCCUGAACCGGUACCUGAACGAGCCGCCCCACAGCCGGACCCUGGACCUCACCAAAGACCCGGAGAUGCGCAGCGCCAACCUGGUCCUGGCCGCGGUCAUCCGCCGGCUGGAGGAGCAGGGCGCGGGCCCGGUGGUGCAGAAACAGGCCAUCACGCGCGCAGACCUGAAGAAACUUUACGAGUCGUCCGUGUUCGACAUCAGAACCGCCUUUGGGCUGCUGAACAAAGUCUGGUUUGAGACCUGCAUGUACUUCUGCACCCGGGGCCGCGAGAACCAGCGGGAGCUGCACGAGGACUCGUUCGGGCUGGCCGUGGACCGGAACGGGAGGAAGUUCGUGUUCUUCAAGGCUCUCGGACCGAACCAGAGAUCCCUGAACCACGGGGCCCGCUGCGCCGCCUGGACCAGGGGACCUCCGGACCCGCAGGAAGACAGCCUGCCGCGCAUGUACGAGACGGGCACAGAACUCUGCCCCUACGCCAGCUUCGUGCGGUUCCGGUCCAAGCGGAACCCGCUGUGCGCGGCGUUCUUCCAGCGUCCGCGGGACCACUGCUCCGCCAGCGACGUCACGUGGUACGAAAACAAAGCCAUCGGGAAGAACCUGCUGGGCAUGCGGAUGCAGAUGCUGUCGCGCGCCGCCAAGCUCUCCAAGACCUACACCAACCACUGCAUCGGAGCCGUUUCCAUAGCAACGCUCAACAGCAUCGUGAGAGCUCGCGGAUCCAGAUGUGCUGCGGAGACUGUCAAAGGUCACGCGGAGUCCACGGUGCCGCGCGCGCGCCGGGUGUCUGCCUCUCUGCUUCUUCAUCCUCUGAGCUCAGCCUCCUCAUCCUCACAGAUGAGAUGCCGCGGAGCGCAGAACGGCGCGAGCCCCGCCGCCAAAAAGGUGCGAGUGCGCACGCGGCCGGGUGAUGUGACACCUGCCACGGACAGUCACGUGACCCACAUGGGCGAACAGGACAACAGUCGGAUCAUAUCCACGUCUCCAAACUCCACCGGCAUCCCAACAGCGGCCCAGCUCACCAAAUCAAACGCACCCGUUCACAUUGAUGUGGGAGGACACAUGUACACCAGCAGCCUGGCCACGCUGACCAGGUACCCCGACUCCAGAAUCGCUCGUCUGUUCAAUGGAACAGAACCCGUGGUGUUGGACAGCUUAAAGCAGCACUACUUCAUCGAUCGGGAUGGGUCCAUGUUCCGCUACAUCCUCAACUUCCUCCGGACAUCCAAACUGCUCGUCCCCGAGGACUUCAGAGAAUACUGUCUGCUGUACGAGGAGUCCGUCUUCUUCCAGCUUGCUCCUCUACAAAAGGAGCUGGAGCACUGGAAGGCGGAGCAGGAGUCCCGGUCCAAGUGUCAGCAGUGCCACUGUGCCUUGGUCCACAUAGCUCCAGGGCUGGGGGAGAAGGUCAGAGUCAGCGCCUGCCGCUCCAUCAUAGAGGAGGUCUUUCCUGAGGUGACCGAUCCUCUGAGUGAUGGCUGGACUCCAGACUCCACACACCUGUCUCGCUUCCCGCUAAGCACACGCUGUCGCCUCAGCUCUGUGCAGGUUCUGGAGCGCUUCCAUCAAGCUGGGUUCAGGAUCUCCGGUUCCAGUGGAGGAGGAGUGGACUCAUCUCAGUUUAGCGAAUACUUCCUUCAUAGGGUCCAAAAACGUCCUCCGGAAUAGUUCUGGACUGAACAGAGGACUCAUCUGGUUCGGAUGAAGCUGCAGGUCAGAGCUGCUCCUGUUACUCUACUUCAGAGUCACAGCAAGCAGAAGUGAAAAGAAGGAGCUGCUCAGCCCAGAUCGAGAACCUGGACUUAUGGGAACACUUCAGAGUGUCAGCAGACAGAGAAUGUGUGUGUGUCACAAGCGUGAAUUCACACAAGAUGUUGUUGUUUUCAGUGAAAACAGUCUGUGAGUCCAAGUUUUGGGUCAGUCAUAUUGUGGCCAGAACUUCCUCACUGGCACAAUUUUAAAUGUUGUGUCGACACAAAAAAAUAAUUGCGAGUUUGCAGUUAGGAAGAACUUAAAUGUUUAAUUAACCAGAACAGAACUUUUCCUUCUGAACCUGAAACAGAAAAACUCAAAGUGUCUUUGGUUCAAAACACCAAAGAAAUGUCCACAAACAGGGAUUGAAAAGGAAAAGUGUGAACAAACAACGUGAGAUGUGAAGAGGAUGUCACACCAU